GCAGAGCCCCCGCCGCUGUCCAAGAUGAUCCAUGGUCGGGACAUAAAUCUUCUUUCCGACGCCCGAUCGGAGAGAGGUUUCUUCUCAAAAGCUUCAGUCGAGCGGCCUUUGGGGUUCUUGCAAUGGUGGUCGUGGAUCGGUGGAUGGGCUUCCUUAACUCUGCUGAAGCUGUUUGACAUCGCGCUGGUCGACUGUAAGUUUUUCUCUGACUUGUGCCGCUUUUGGAUGCGGUGGCCGGCGUCAAAUUGGAGUCCGAGUUUCUCUCUGCUUUCGUGGUUGUAUUUUUUCUUCUCUCUUUCAUUUACUCUCGGUUCGUGUUCCUGGAUUAGCUGAUACAAAGUUUCAGUAUCAAGAAAGGCGGCUUCAUGGUCUGAAGGAGAAAAGUUAGGGUUUUGUAUAGAUUUGUAAGGGGGGUUGAGAUUUUUUGUCAGGGAAGAUAAGAAUCGAUUGGUUCUUCGCUAUGUGGAUGCUGUUUUUCAAUGGAAAGUAUAACACAGAGGAGAACUGAGGAUCCCUGUUAAGGAGAGAAAAGUCAGGUUUUCCCCAUCUCCAGUUUUGAUACCUUGCCAAACAACUUGGUUCUGCGGACUGUGGGAGCUCAAAGGGUCUCUGAACUUUUGGGCUUCUAGGAAAUUUCUGCUUUUCCUCUCUGAAAGAUGAGCUGCAUCGAUAAUUGUAGAGAUGGCAAAAUUAAUGAAGAGGAGUUCAGGCGACCGGGAGGGAACAGAGUAUCGGAUGAUUCUCUUGCGCUUGACCAGGAUGCGUUAGGGAAAAAUUGUACUUAUGCGUCUUCACAGCUCGAUAUUGAUGAGAACCUAUUGAUCGAUCCAAAAUUACUCUAUAUUGGAGCCAAGAUUGGAGAGGGAGCGCAUGGGAAAGUCUAUCAGGGGAAGUACCAUGACCAAAUUGUGGCUAUCAAAGUUCUCAACAGUGGUACCACUCCUGAGGAGAAGGCGACCCUUCAGGCUCGUUUUAUUCGAGAAGUAAAUAUGAUGUCCAGGGUGCAGCAUGAGAAUCUUGUCCAGUUUGUUGGUGCCUGCAAGGAUCCUGUUAUGGUGAUUGCCACUGAGCUUCUUCCAGGAAUGUCAUUGAAGAAAUACUUGAGCAGCAUCCGCCCCAAACAACUAGAAAUUCAUAAAGCAAUAAGCUUUGCAAUUGACAUUGCUCGCGCGAUGGACUGUUUACAUGCUAAUGGAAUUAUACACAGAGACCUGAAACCUGAUAAUUUGCUGCUUACUGCAAAUCAGAAUAAUGUGAAGCUCAUUGAUUUUGGACUUGCAAGAGAAGAAACAGUUACUGAGAUGAUGACUGCUGAAACUGGGACUUAUAGAUGGAUGGCUCCUGAGUUAUAUAGUACUGUGACUUUGCGUCGUGGUGAGAAGAAGCACUACACCAACAAGGUUGAUGUGUACAGCUUUGGCAUCGUUUUGUGGGAGUUGUUGACCAACCGAAUGCCUUUUGAAGGCAUGUCUAACUUGCAGGCUGCAUAUGCUGCAGCUUUUAAGCAAAUGCGACCACCACUACCUGAUGAUGCCCCACCAGAGCUGGUCUUCUUAGUGCAAUCAUGCUGGGUGGAGGAUCCUAACACACGGCCCAGCUUCAGCCAGAUUAUACGGAUGCUGAACGCCUUCCUUUACACUCUCCCACAAGCUUCUUCACCAGAAUCAGAGACCAGCUUUCCAUCCCUGAUGAGCACGAGUGGCGCCAUUACAACGACUUCUGCACGUAGGGGAGGCAAGUUAAGCUUUCUUCGUCAGCUCUUCGCUGUAAAAAAGGCAAGCAGCAGUAGUGCAUAAGCAAUUAAUGGAAAUUUGUACUUUUCCCUGUGAACGACUAAUGAAGUAUAGGUAACAUGUAAUACAGGAGAAAUCAUGCUAUAUUUUUGGCAGAUGUUGUAAGAAAAACUAGCGACGACAAUAUUUAUGCAAGCUAUAGAUAUCUAAUCUGACAUUCUAACUUA